AAAAUCACCCCUUAAAAUUUUGCCCACCUGUUGUCGAACACCCUGUAUAUCUACAUCUGUAUGUGUGCAUAUAUCUUCUGCGUGAUUCAUUUGCAAAUUCAUUGAUUUGUUUCUUUUCCACAAGAACGAUAUAUCCAAUAUAUCGUACUUUAGUACGAUUACUUUAGUAUGCAUGUAUAUAAAAUGUAAUAAUUACAGAAAUCUAAUUAAAACAUGUUUUAUCGAUGUUAGCAAAUCAUGCGAGCAAGCAUUAUCGUGGUUUUGGCUUUUGCCACUGGGAUUGUCGUGGUAUCAUCGAGAAAUCACAAUUAUUCUCAUUUCGUAAAACAUCAUGCAAGACCGCGAGUGAUUCGAGGCUUUAAACCUGAAUACAUGUCCACGGCAUACGGUUUCGGGAAAAGACAAAGUACCGCUGACGUUCCAAAACUUAACAAACGCGAACGAAUGCUAUCCAUACUUUUACAAUAUUUUCCGCAAGGAUUUCCUGCAGAACGAUUACUUCAGCAAAUGAAAGGAAAUCCAGAUUUUAAUACAAAAUUAACACAAUUAUCGACGGAUGAACGUGGAGAUUUAUUGUCAGCGAUGGAUCAUUCUAAUUCGAAAGAACUAACUUGGCUAUUUUAGACCUAUUAUUGUAUGAUCGAGUGAUGUAUACAAUUCCUAGUUAUACGUUUUAGUUUAAAUAAAUCUAUAAUGUUAAAUGAAAAUUAUUUAACAGCUAUAAUAUACGUCUUUAUUUGUUUCUUCAAAACUACAUUUUCCAAAUCUCGUCAAGUAUAAUAAAAGAUUUAUUUAAACAAUAAUAUAUAUCCAUUAGAUAUGCGCGAGUAGCUGAAUGCUUCUAAACAAAUUCAAAUGUAACAUAUGUAUAUUUACUUAUGUCAUGCGUAUCCAUACAUACACAUUUAUUUACCAAAAACUAUGAUGGCUUCACCACCAAACUCGGUGGGGUCGCUGGCGCAAUCGGCAUUGUCAACCGUUUGACCUAGAGUUAGAGCGAAGUGAAAAAGUGAAACCCUCUCAGUCCUAUAGCGACCGCCGACGGAUGCGGAUGUACCAGUUAAACAUGUAUAUACCCUUAUU